AUGCCACAGAAUUGGACGGCACAAUUUAGGGACAGGACGGAUUCACGGGGAUUACGGUCAGAACACGGUAUACGACGCUUGGACGUGUCCGAAAGGAAAGGCUGGACGAGACUGGGAUUGAAAAACAUCUUGCAGGGAUCAUCCUCCACCUUCAUCUGUCUAGCUCGAGCUCUCCUCCACUUCUCCCUUCUUCAACCUCCCACUUCCAUCACCAUCACCAUGGUCUACAACUUUACUCUCCCGUCGACCUCCCAUCUAUCCUUUCAAACCUUCUUCACCUCCAGCACUCAUCCCUCCCUCCCUCAGGCCGCCACCACUGCCCGCCAUGCCCUCCGACAAGCUCUCAAAACACAUAAGCGUCUACCCCGCGGUCCGCAACAAGACGCCCACUUGCAGAUCCUCCUGACCACCAUCACCAGCUACCUCCCCUACCUCCUCGCUCUCUCCGACGGUCUCAGCGGCAAACCUACCGACCUAUCUGCAUUUACAUCCACUACCGAAGAAAUCGAAAUUACCCUCCGCACCGAGAUUACAUCCUCAUGGCGCCCAACCCUCACCAACCCCACUCUCUCCCUGAAACAGCGUCCCUCCGCCACCCGCGUUCACGGCCAAGGUCUUGACUUUGAGAUCGCCUUUGUCCUCUCCACCCUCAGCUACGUGCUCAACACUCUUGCCCGUAUUGGCGUCACCCGCACCCUCUAUGCAUCCACAACCCCGACCCCGGAGCAGCGCACUGCCGCCAUCCAAACCGCCACUAAGAACCUCCUUCAAGCUAGUGCCGUACACUCGCUGCUCGCCUCUUCGCCCUCGUUCACAACCGUAUCUCGCUCCAUUGCAAAUGGAAAUGGAGCCUAUUCCCUUCCGGACCUCGACCCUGCCACGCAGGCGGCCCUCUCCUGUCUCGCGCUCGCGGAAGCAACACUCCUUGCCGUCUUGAAAGAUGAUUCUUAUGUGGCGGCCUGUAUUCAAGCGCGCAACCCUAACGACAAGGACUGGAUGGUCCGGGCGCCGGAGAUACCUAAGGUGCGAGCGCACCUGUUCGCUAGAUUGUGUAUCCGGGCCGCAGAGUAUGCGGAGCAGGCUGCCGCGGGGCUGGGGUCUGUCCGGUCGGAGGGAAGGAUGGGGAUUGAUGAGGACUUGUUGGGAUAUGCGCGGGUGCUGGGACGAGUUGCGCGGGCGCGUGCUUGUCGGUUCUUCGGCGUGGAUGCGGAGCUGUCCGGGAAGAUUGGUGAGGGGAUUGCGUGGUUGCGCGCAGCAAAGGGGGCGUUGGGGGUGAGGGGAGCUGGAUCAGGGGGUGAAGCGAAGGAGAUGAGUACGAAGAGUCGGGGGCUGUCGAGGUUGAAGCAGGGGUGGAUGGAGCGACGAGAGGAGAGACGGAUGGAGAAGGAUGCAGGGAGUCGGGAUCGGACGGAGAAAGGGGAACUAGGGCCGGGCGACAAUGCCGGCCGGGAAGAGGAGAGUCGAGUGAUUGAGAUGUUGGAGACGAAGUGGGUGCGAAUGAAUGACACAAUCAAUACCCAGUUGAUUCCGUCGUCGACGGAGCUGCUUGCGAACUUGCCUUCGGGACGAGAUAUCCAUGCGCCGCCGGCGCCGUACAAGAUACCGUGUCUGGACGAGGAGCAGCUGGUGCGCAUGCGUGCACCGCCGGCAGAGGAUGAGUCUGGGCCGGGCAGUGAUGACGACAGUGACGAGGAGCCAGGCAGUGUGGCGCGUGUUUUUACACCUGGGACGGUACCUGAGCGGAGUGAGAGUGCAUAUUAUUGA